AUGGUCUUUAGCUUCUUUCUUCCGGCCAAAGAGAAGCGACACCUGAAAGUUCCAGAAGGAAUCUCGGUUACUGCGGCCGCCCCCGUCCCGCAGCAGCGCCGCCCGCCGGGCGCCGGCCAGAGGGGGCAGAGGACCCGCACGCCCCCCCCGGCCCCGGCCCGCCCCGCCGAACGCGCCUCACCCGCAAGGCGUCGGCAAACCCGGAGCGGAAAAGAACGACGGCGUGAGCGCCGCCCCUUAUAUACCCUGCAAGGGGGCGGGGCCUCGGCGACACGUCACCGCUCCCGGCGGCCCCCGCGCAUCGCCCCGCCCGGCGGCGCGGCACGCGAUGCUCCGCUGAGGGGCGGGGCUGGGGCCCCGGUAGCCGAAUCGUGCGGGAGUAACGAGCGGCGGCGCCGGGAGGGACGUGCCCCCCCCAGGCUGAACGGCAGCGCCGGAAGCACGGCGAGCCGGGAGGGACGUGCCGCUCCAACGCCUCCCGCGGAGCGCGGGGUGUGCGGCGGCCGUAGAGCCGCUGAGCUCUGCUUCUGGCACAGCGGCUGCGGCCCGAGGGGACGGGGUCAGCGAGUCCAGGAGGAGUUACUUGCAGGGAACCCCACUGGCCUAGUGUUGAUGCGACCAAAGAUAAUUGCUGCAGCAUCGAGGAUUCGUGGCUUCUGCGUGAGAGAUCCGAAUUGCAUCAAGUGCCCCCAUACCGAAGAAGAGACAAACUCUUAUACACCUCUGUUAGUUACUUAUGGAUACUCAGCUGUAAUCCCAUUCAUUUUCGGCGUGGGCUCCACAUCACAGAAUAUCCUGAGUUGGAAGAGGCCCACAAGGAUCACCGACUCCUGGCUCCACACAGCACAACCCAAAAGUCAAACCCUGUGUCUGAGAGUGCUGUCCAAACGUUCCUUGAAUUCCGGCGGCUCAGGCCAUACCCCCUGCCCCAGGCAGCCUGUUCCAGUGCCCUCAGGCCCUUCACCAUCUUUGUAGGCCCCAGCUGGAUGCAGUCUAAUAGUUUUAGGGCCUUCUUGUAGUGUGGUGCUCAAGCCUGCACGCAGUGCUUGAGGUGAGAGGAUAGCUGUAAAGCUUGGAAAUAUCUUAUUGUUCACAAUCAAUCAACCAAAAGGGAAAAAAACCAAACAAACAACCAAAGCAAAAAAAAAAAAAAAAGAUCCCAACAAAAAUCCCCCACCUACUGGAUUUACAUUUCCACUCAACUCCAAGUGUUCUUAGCUCAGAUACACCUAACAUUAACAGGAGAGAGCACUAACUUUCACAUUGAAACAUUCCAUUUCUAAAUCAAAGCAUAAAAUUCGGUAUUUUUCCACAUGUGAGGUUAAAAGAAAACAACAACCCCCCACACACACAUAUUUGUAAAAAAAACAAAAAAAAAAAAACAAAAAAACCCACAUGAUUUCAAGACAUGUCAACUAUUAGAAAAGGUGCUGAGUUUAGAAUACACCUUUUACACACACACACACACACACACACACACACACACAAGUUUCACAAACCAAAGCCUGCAAAAUGUUCAGACAUUGUUAAAUCACUGACUUUUAGGAAAGAAGUCAUCACAUUCUUUUUUGUCUAUGUUUUUACACAUAAAUCAGCAGGAGGGGGGAAGCGAGAGAGGGUUUGGCUUUCCUCAGAGCCAACAUUUAGGUGUUAAAUCAGUGAAGGCAUUUUAUAUGAAGACAGAGUACCAGCAGGGCAGGGGAAACAGAUAUCGGUCCUUCUCUUAAAAUGGAAAUGCUUUUUCGUAAAGUGACUUUUCAUGGCUCAAGCUGAGGAAUAAAGGGCAAUAACUGGUAAGAAAGCUGAGCACUUUGGGUCUCCUGUAAAGCAAAGACUGUAAACAUAGCUACAAAGCUUUAUUUUACAGGAUGGUUUCAAGUUAGCUUCUGAAAUAUGUCUGUCAGUGGGGGUAAUUUUAAAUGGACCAAUCUGUCCAAGUAUCCAUUCUACUAUUGCAUAGCUGAAAACUUUCAGCAACUUGUGCCUCAACAGGGGGAGGAGAAAGGAAAUGUGUUACUGAUUUGUUACAUGGCCCAUAAGACUGCACAUUUAUGGGACAUAUUUAGAAGACUUCCAUAAAUAAAGGCAUUUAGAAGUAUGCAUUUCUUAGCAUAGCGGUCUCUUUGGCAUGUACACAGCCAAAAGCCCGCUGAAUGUGUUGGAUAAUCUUUUAACCACGUCCUAGUUCAGUCUUCAGCAGUCAUUUCUUUCCCUCCAUUUCUUCAAUUGGAUUUUCAAAGGAGUUUUAUCAUUUCCUCUACAAUCAGUCAAAUGCAUGCUUUUAUUCUCUCAGCAACUAGCACAUCUUUCCUCGUCCAGUCUAUUAGCAGAACAUUCCUAUUAUCAAUCUUGUAAAUAUUUAUACAGCUGGGGACCUUCAGAUAUAUGAGUAUCCUCACAUAAUUCAGUGGAAAUGCAUUCUGAAAAAUCCUCUCAACACACACAGACAGGCAUACACUGGACAAAAGCCCAUAUGCAAAUAUCCUGUAGCAAAUUUAAAAUUUUGCUAAUUUGGCAAAACUAAUCUCUUUGAUAUGAAAAGCUGAUGAAGAAGCAGAUAAAAGAUUUCAAGAACACCACGUUGCUCAGGUUUUGAAGCAGUGCUUAUUAAACCCAGCCUGGCUUCAGGGUUUUCUGGGGAAUUUUCAGGGGAAAAAAACCUCAUUCUCCCUUGACCAUUAAUGAGCACAUGCUGAACUGAAAUAAUCUACGUCCAUACACGCCUGAAGUGCAAGGAUACAUACAAGUAUUUUCUAGAGCAUUUAUAUCAUAGGAACCUAUGCAAUAACUACCAUUUUUAAAAGGUUUUGAAUCUCAGAUCAGAUGAUAUUAAAAUGAAGUCAUGCUGCCAGUGUAUCUAGGCCAAACAUUCUAACUUUAGAAUAUAAAUAUUAACUAGAUUUGGAGAUCACGCUGACUACAGCAGUAUUAAUUUCAUUUUAAUGUAUAGCUACAGAGCAUACAGAAUGUACUAUAAUCUUAGAGCACACUCACGUUGCACCUCUGAAAAAUUUUAAUGCAUUCUUCUGACUACAUGUGAAUUGGCAUCUUUCUGAUCAGGGUCCCGAUCCCAUGCAAUGAUGAACACAGUUAGCAAUACCUGACCGCUUUACCUGCAAUGAACAGGGCCAUUCAAGAGCGUAAACAGACUUCAGGAGCACAAAGCUUUAAACUCAGAUCUGAUACGUGCAGUUUUAUCAAGCUCCAUAUAUAUAUGUAGAAGAGGAAGUAAAAUUUCUGGAGGGCACUUUCAGAAAGUGCUGGAAACAGAGUCCCAAAUUACCAACAGCAGUUGGUGAUUAGCAGAAGCUGAUUCUGGUACACAGCAUUAUUCUGGAAUACAAUUAACCACAUGCUUAUUGUGAAAUGGUUUCUAAUUACAAUUAACACUGUGUGUUAAUUCAAAUGUUCAACAAAUUAUAGCAUGAGCACACAGCUUUACUUCCGUCUAUACUCCUUAAUGCAUCAGUUCUUAAAAGAAUAAAAAACAACUACAUCUUAUGAUGUAGAUGAAGGUUAUGAGAAUUAUGAAAUCCUUUUCCAUACAUCAUCCUAAUACUACUUAGCAGGUUGUACAUUCAUUUGUGUAACAAAUAAGAACAAUUAACAGAUGAACAGUGUUAUUCACGUACCAAGAGACUGUGCAGGUAACAUCCUUCAAAACAACAGGUUAACUGAACUGGGAUGAGCAAUGGAACUGUUUGAAAAAAGCUCUUGAAAGUCAUUUAGCUCUGUACUAGUAGCCAAUAUUUUUAUGUAAAUGAAAUUAUUUAGUAAAGGGAAGGGAAAAGACAACAAUGUAUACACUCUAAGUUAAAACCUUGGGAGAUAGCACAACACGAAGACUUCCAAGGAUGGAGAGGUUUAAGACUUAGACUGGAUAAAGCCCUGAACAACCUUGUCUGAUCUCAAAGCUGACCUUGCUUAUAGAUUCAGAAAGCUGCGUAGAAAGCAUGAGAGUGGCCUUCAAAAACUAUUGACUGUAUUACUUGGAUGAGUAAACAUCUACAGUUUCCAAAGUUUCCCAGUAAUUUAAAAUGAGCCUCUUAAGAAGGCCUUGUUUCCCAUAAAACAAGUUGUUCCCUGUGGGAAGCACUGCCGUUCCAGUUCCAGCAUGUUCAGCAGGUGAAGGACUAAUAUUCAGGAUCAGAAAAUCCUUCCAGAAAUCUUUUCAAACCAUAUUUAUCUGCAGCGCAAGAAGGCUCAUCUAUACUGAAUGUUCAGCAUCAGUGUGAAGCGUUACUCUGAAGGUGUCAUACCCCUGUGGGUAGGGAUGCCCUGCAGAGGGGACCAGAAUGAAGAGCUGCAUUGAGACACGCCCACCCCCCUGCCCUGCCAAAACAUCUGUUCUGUGGAGGCUGCACUACUGAACUGGAAGAGGAAAAUAUCUGGAUUAGGGUAGAUGCAUUUUAAGUGAAAAGAGAAGAAACUCACAGAUGGCUGUUUCAGCAAGACUUUUUUUUUUUUUCCUCCCCUGGAAUUGAGCAGAAACAUGUAGACAAGUAGAAGACAUCAGAUCCAAGAAGUAAUUGCUCCUUUAGUUCAACCAAGAACAGCACCUUCACUUGCUGACACCUGUCACAUUCUGCACUAGGCUAACGGUCAGUUGAUGACCUGGCUCCAGGCAGAGAGCUGAGUUACCAGGCAGCAAUGCAGAAAAAAGGUGAAGGGCUGAUGAACUAACCACCACUAUUACAGAGAAACAACAUAAUUUGUUAAACUGUUCUGUGGUUUUACAUUAGUGUUUUGCAACUGCAAGGAGGCUACAGCAUUUGUUCAUUUUCCUUGAAUGCAAUCGCAUUUUCACUACAUCCCACCACAGUUUAGGCACCCUAAAUGAAGGUAACUACUAGUAAGCCCUUCAAGGAUUUCACUUCAAAGCACACGCUAAACAUGAGCUUAAAAAAAU